AUAGCUGACUCUUGGUACUACUCCACCCAUUCAUUUUUUUACGUGGGUAUUUUUUACGUAAGAAAAAUACGCAGUAGGAGUCAACCGCAGCCGGUGGAGGACUGUCGCUCCCGUUCUCUCUGCUGGAAGGAGUUUGACAAGCAAGUAGGCUACACUGUGUGGAUUUUUAUAGAUUUACAACCUUCACUGUCAGAGACAAACACUAUUUAUUUUAUUUAUAAAUGUAAUUUGUUGAUACCUAAAAGGAAGCGUACAGCUGCGUGUGUUUUAACGAUCCUCCGGAGGAAAAGGGAACGAUGGUUUAACAUCAUGAUUUAGUUAACUCCCAGCCCGGGAUAACAACGUCUUUUGCUCUCCUUCAUGUCGGGCAACAGGGUGGGUGCAGACUGAAUUAUGCUCCAGGCGUUUCUGAGGCAUGUCCGCCGCUUUCCGUGGGUCACGAAUGUCACACUGUACGGCUGCCUGUUCGCCGGGGGAGACUUGGUCCACCAGUGGUUCUCCGCUAGGGACCAGAUGGACUGGAGACACACGCGCAACGUCGCUGCGGUGGCGUUCAGUUUUCACGGGAAUUUCAAUUUCUUCUGGAUGCGUUUGCUGGAGCGCAGGUUUCCGGGAAACUCCGCCGGGAUGGUAAUGAAGAAGCUGUUCUUGGACCAGACGACGGCAGCGCCCCUGGCCACCAGCGUCUUCUACACGGGUGUCAGUUUUCUGGAGGGCAAAGAAGACAUCCUGGAGGACUGGAGGGAAAAAUUCCUGAACACUUAUAAGACCGGGCUGAUGUUCUGGCCGUUCAUGCAGUUUCUGAACUUCGCCCUGGUGCCUCUGUACGUGCGGACCACCUUCACCGGCUGCUGCGCCUUCGUCUGGGCCACCUUCCUCUGCUUCUCGCGUCAGACUGGGGACGGCACAGCCGGAGCUGCCCUGGCAUGGAUGUUCCCCCCGAAAGACGAGGCGGCUGAACCUGCCAAAGACGAAAUAGAGUCGAAGCAAAAGGUGGAGGAAACGGCAGCAUCCAGGUCAGGAUGAGAUAAUGGAGGAUAAAAACUGGAUUUUAGUCCUGUUUCUACUGUCUUGUUGUUUUCAAAAACACUGCCAGACCUGUCAACCGAGGCCUCCCUGAUGCUGCAAACCUCCGCCAGCUUGUUGACAGUGUUCAUAAAGCACAGUACUAAUAGAAAUACAGCAAGUCAAAAAAUAUGAUCUAAUCUUACUGUGCAUUACGCUGACCUGUCAGCAUGUUUUUAGAUUUUAUUUAACCAGGUUAGCACCGGAUAUUGUGUUGUACUUCCACCCAGUGCUUAGCUUAAGUAAUCUAAAAAUACUGAAAAUAUUAAUGAGCACAUCUUCAGUUUUUAAUGAUAAAAACCAAUGUGCAACAAGACAUCAUUUCCACAUUGCAGAGUGGGAUCUAAAUGAUUUGAUCGAAACUUUCAAUACCUUAAAACAAAGGAGAUCACAGCCAGUGUUUAUCAGCUUUGCUUCUGUGAUCUGUUGGGGUUUCAGUUCACACUGUGCUACAUCAACCGGGUCAGUUAGGAAAUCUGGUUUUAUGUUUAUAAUUAAAAAAAUGUGGGGACAUUUCAAAAUGAACAUCAGUCGCAUCAGUUUAAUUUCCCUUCCAGGAAUUUAUAGUUCCUGUAUUUGGAGCAGCAGCACAUUCCAAGAAAAGGUUGGGCUGUGUUUUUUUUUCCCACGAUAUGUCUGGGAUUGAGGCUUGCAGCUGAGGCAGAAUUUCAGAGGGUGCUCAUUAGUGUCUCUAGGAAUCACAGUUUAAUAUGACAUUGGUAGGGGCUUUACAUUUUAUUUCAUAUUUCUCUUGACUUUGAUAUUUGUUGUGGUUUCAUUUCUCUGACCUUACUCCACAUUCCUGCUUUGGUUCAUCUCAGGAUCUUCUGGUCCAAGUAAAGCAGACAGUAAAUCUGAACAAGUUUGACAUGCAGCUGUCAGCAUUCGAUCCUUGUUGGCUUUUCCAUACAAUUUUUAUUUACUGUGCUGUUUGUCUUGACUGACAUUUUUUGAAGCAUCCACACAGACUCCCUUAUGGUUUUUAUGCAGUGAAGUCUUGAAGUGGCAGAAUUGUGUAUUUUCCAGGCACAUGCUGCCAUUUUACAGUCAAGUAACUAUGUUGCCUUCGAUUUUUAUAAAAAUGCUUAAUAUAUCAAACAUAGCUGAAAAGAAAUUUGACUUUGCAAUUUGCAAUCUUUCCAACACUCCAUCUUCAGCACAUUAUUGCAACAAUGCUUCUCCAUUAUGUUGUUUACAACCAUUGUCGGCAGCAUUUCAUCGAGAAAUAAUUUGCGUAAUGAGCUCAGCAGCCACGCAGUCCCACCGGGUGUUUGCUAAUUGCUGCUGCCGCUAGUCUGAAGGAGCUGAACGGACAUACAGACAUUGAGUUAAUUUGCUCCUGUUCUGUUGAUUCAUCUGCAUAUGAAGCUUAAACUGGAACCUUCCACACUCAGACGGUUUAAAUUCUGUAUUUUAAAAAGGAAAUAUUGUUGAGAUUAACCAGUAAAUCACAUUUAUUAUGUCAAAGCUUGCCAUGUCUUGAAUUGUGCCAAGAGAGUGAAUGUCAAAGACGAGCAGAGAAAGGCUGCCUACUUUGUUUUUAUUUAUCAUGUUUUAUGCUGUAUCAGCAGGUGCUUUUUAAACAAUGGAAGUCAGUUUUUAUUGCUUUCUACUCUCAUCAGCUCAAGAAAAGAUUGUGACACUACAGCUACUAACUUUUUACUGAGGCAAUCUGAGAUUCUUUUUCAUCUGAUUUAAGACAUUUACUUGAACAUCUAUAUACUGCCCACCUCUUCUUCUUCCUCUUCACAUGAAUGCAAUACUGUUUCCUUAUGUUUUAUUUGAUUUCUUCCAUAUUAUGUCUUCAAUCAUCAACCAUCAAAUGUUAACAUGUGUUAGGUGCUCCUACCUUUGUUUUAAAGAGACAGUACUUUAGAUCCUAAUCUUAUUUUCUGUUGUGACAGACUGGAUUUCUGUUCCUAUUUCUACGUGGAUGACAGAAAAAUAUUCACUUCUGUUUUUUAUGGUGCAGAGAAGAUAUGAGUGUGCAGUUCUAUCUGCUUGUAACAUUUCAUGUAUCUCACACACCUGAGUUAAAUUAAUUUUACAUCAAAAUAAGGGCAUAACUUGGGGAUUGUUGGAAAAUAAAUUCAGCACUGCAGCUGUUUGUGCUAUUUAUGUUUAAACUGCAUCCUUGGAAUUAUGGAUUUAUUAUUUGUUUAAUAUGAUGUGAUUUCUUCCCCCCCCCCAAUAUUUUCUUAAGUAAAUAUUUGCAUGGAGAUUUGCUACACUGGAUAUGAAAUGUAAAUGAAUAUCCCCUUUGUUCCUGCUGGGUCAUUUUAGCAGCUAAUUUAGUAUUUGGUUUGCACAGUCAGAGAUUUCUGACUUUUUGGGUGUAAGAACAGAUUGGUGCUCUUGAAUAUUUAAAAUGAAUUGAUAUUGUCUUGCAUUUGUUGCACUAAUUAUAAAAGAUAAUACUAUGGAGUUAAUAAAAGUAAACUUUAUUUUGA